UUCGGAAGUGCUCCAUGAUCCAUCCAUUACUCCCAUUCUAUAUAAACUUUGCACUUUCUCUUUACAUCAACUUGUCAAGAGAAAAGAUUUUGGACUGCACCAUUGCUCUGCGGGAUAGAUUUGAUCGUUUUUUCCCAUUCUUAUUUAUUUGAAAAAUCAAAAUAUGGGCUUAAAACCACUGGAAUAUACCGAAGCGUUAUUGGAUAGUCCGUAUUUUCGAGAAAAUAUUCACGAACAUGAACGUGAACUGGACAGAACAAACGAUGCCAUAAAGUCACUUAUAAGAGAAUGCAAGUCACUGAUAAAGGCCACUGAACAACUUUCAAAAGCCCAGAGAAGUUUUGCAAACACCUUGAAAGAUUUCCGACUUGAAUGUAUUGGUGAAAUUGAUACCGAUGAUGAAAUGCACAUAGCAAGUGCUUUUGAAACCUUCAGCGAGCUGUUUAAGCUUCUUGAUGAGGAAAUGACAAGAUUGCUGGAAAAUGCCAGCAAUCAACUGAUUGAACCAUUGGAAAAAUUUCGAAAAGAUCAAAUAGGUGAAGCUAAGGAAGAAAAAAAGAAGUUUGAUCGACAAACAGAGAAAUACUGUAACAGUUUGCAAAAUUUUCUUGCUAUGUCUACCAAGAAGAGCAGCAACAAUUCAGGGGAAUCCGUAGUUUGUGAAAGAGAUAAUUUUUUUGAAAGUGCAUUGAGCUAUGUUUUCAAACUCCAAGAAGUCAAUGAAAAGAAGAAAUUUGAAUUUGUCGAAACGCUUCUUGGAUUUGUCUACAGUCAGAUGACAUUUUUUCAUUCUGGUCAUGAAGUAUUUGUAGACAAUAAAAGCACUUUAGUUGAUCUUCAAGUUCGACUUCAGAAUACCAGAGAUCGAUUUGAAAUCACAAAAGGUGAGGCUGUAACACUUAAAGAAAGAACUCUUAAGAAAGCUCAGGCCGGCGAACUACAGAGCAGCACAAAUUAUGCAAGGCAAGGAUAUCUGAUGGUACAGAAGAAGGGAAAAGGUGGUUUGGGUUACACGUGGAGUAAAAACUUCUGCAUGUAUACAAAAGAAAACAAGAUAUUCACUAUGGUUCCUUAUGUACAGACCCAAUCAAAAUUCACGGGAUCAACGGACACAAUUGUAUUGACAAGUUGUGUGAGAAGAAUGACCGACUCUAUCGAUAAACGUUUUUGCUUCGACAUCACUGCUCAAGACAGACCACAACCAAUUACUCUUCAAGCAUUGAACGACCACGAUAGGAAACAUUGGCUUAGUGCCAUGGAUGGCAAAGAACCCAUUUAUCAGGAUAUUAACGAUUCCUCUGGUAAUGCGAGAAAUGAGGAUGCAGCAAAUUUCGAUGAUUUUAUACUUGGACAAAAAUUUCUGAAGAAGUGCGUCGCUGCGAUUGAAACUCGAGGUAUUACCGAACAAGGCUUGUACAGAGUUGUUGGCGUUGGUUCGAAAGUGAAGAAAUUGUUGGAUGUUUGUUUCGUCGACAAGAAACUUGAAGAGCUUAGUCUUGAGAGUGACGAAUGCGACUUCGAAGUGAAGACUAUUACCAGUGCGGUUAAACACUAUCUAAGGAAUAUGCCUGCGCCGCUGUUGACUUUUGAAAGACACGAUUCAAUUUUGGAAGCUGCAAAAACAGAAAGUCAGGAAAAGCGAGUUCAGGCCUUAAAAGAUGAACUUGAUAAACUGCCCUACGAGAACUAUGAAAUGCUCGAUAUCAUUAUGCAUCAUCUUAAAAAUGUUGCUGCUAACUCUAAGCAAAAUUUGAUGCAAGCGAGUAACCUUGGUGUCGUAUUUGGUCCCACGUUGAUGAGAUCAAAAGAACAGACCAUGGUGGCCAUCAUGAAUUUGAAAUACCAAACAAUUGUUGUCGAGCUUAUGAUCAAUGAGUACGAAACGGUAUUCGAUGCAUCGAAUCCCUUUAUGGAUGGCUAUGAUGGUAAACCCCAGUCUCCCUCAUUAAAACCUAAAUCGAAUGUCUCAGAGAAGAAACCGUCCGUUCACGAUAACAAACCCGAAGUUCCCAGUAGAAAACCAUCGGACGAUCGUAAUACGUAUUCCGUACCUUCAUAUCCUCCUAGAUAUACCCCCAAACCACAGCUCAGUUCUCAAAAAUCCUAUCCCGCACCUACACCUCCGCUAAGCGCAGCGAAGAAAUUAUCGCUUACCAGAAGACAGAGGCCAUCUUCGGCCUCCGAUGAACGCGCAUCAACAGCUGCAGAUUCAAAUGUCAAAUCAAAAUUGAAAGCAUUCGAGUCUCCGGAGAGCAAUAAAAAGAACGUUUCCGAUGAUGGUUCAGUUAGUUCGCAAUAUGCAACGACCGGUCCGACUGCACUCUCGCCUCUUAAUCGAAACCGAAGCAAAAGUCCUCCCCCCCUGCCCAGCAAUCCUCCUCCACGAGAUCAUUACUCUGUACCGCGAGUCUCAAGACGUGUGAAAACUAAGUUUCCUUGCGUGGGUGGAAACGACGGCGAACUGAGUUUCGACGCGAAUGUUAUUAUCACAAAUGUUCGCAAGUCAAAUGAGCCUGGUUGGCUUGAAGGAACCUUAAAAGGAAAAACUGGACUUAUCCCUUCGAAUUACGUCGAAGAUAUUUAGAAAUGUUGUAGUUUUAACUUUUUAUUAUUGAUGUUUUCUAAACCAUAGAUAGCACGUAUACUGUAGAACGAAGUUACUUAGAAUAUAAUGUGGCUACAGAAUACGUGAAACAUCAUAGUCAACAAUGAUAAAGUAGAUUUUAGAAUAUGUGAUUAUGCCUGUAAUUAUUCAAGAUAUUGUUCUGCGGGAAGUUCAGGGAAUUUCAACGGAACCUUAGGAAACUGCGUAAUUUACAUACAUCAUACGUGAGCCGAUUAGCUACAUCAUUUUUAGUUUUCUCUGUACGAAAAAUGUAAGCUUUCGAAAUAAAUUGUUCACGAGAAGUAA